AUUUGGCCGGGCGCGAAUAAGGACGACUGCCAGAGAACUGCUAUCGAAGGUCUCGGGGGUGUUGGCAAGACACAGCUUGCGCUGGAGGCUGUCUAUUUACUCCAUAACCAGCAUCCAGACUGUUCUAUCUUCUGGGUGCCGGCAAUCGACGUGGCUACUUUUGAAAACGCCUACCGUGAUAUCGGUAGACUGCUCCAAGUUAAGGGAGCUGGAGAAGAUAAAGCGGAUAUCAAGCGGCUUGUUAACACGACUUUAAGCGAAGAGAGUAGCGGCAGCUGGCUACUAGUUAUUGAUAAUGCGGACGAUAUCGAGCUGCUCUUUGGCGAAACUGGGCCAUUAAGCUAUUUGCCAUUCAGUCGAAAUGGCUCAAUUCUUUUCACAACACGGAACCACAAUGCAGCAACCAAGCUGGACAUCUCGACGGAGAGUAUUAUCCGUGUGGAAGAAAUGGAUGAGGCUGAAGCCCUCGGCCUACUCCAAAAAGGCCUAAAGGAGACCCAGAUGAGCAAUAUAGAGGCCACGAAGAGAUUGCUUAAGUUCCUGGCAAACUUACCACUGGCAAUUCGGCAGGCAUCAGCGUACAUAGCGACGACAGAUAUUUCAACUUCAGAGUACCUCGAGCUUUGCGAGUCAGAUAAUGGGGAUAUGAUUGAAUUGCUGAGCAGGAAUUUCGAAGACCGACAUCGAUAUAAGGAGAUUCAAAAUCCAGUGGCCAAAACAUGGCAUAUCUCAUUUCGCCAAAUCUCACAGUAUAACACACUAGCGGCAAAGUUUCUUAAAUUCAUGAGCAUCUUGGUGGAGAAAGAUAUCCCAAAGUCUCUUUUGCCUACGGCCAGAAACAUAGAGGCCAUAGAAGCAAUUGGCACACUAAAGGCAUAUGCAUUCAUUAUACAACGAGACGAGGAAAAUUCAUUUGACAUACACCGUCUUGUGCGACUAGCAAUGCGAAACUGGCUAGAGAAGAACGGGGAACUGAAGGAGUGUGUGACGUCUGCGAUACAGCAGCUUAAUCAGGUCCUUCCGUUUCCAAAGCAUGAGAAUAGAGACGUAUGGAUAAAAUAUCUACCGCAUGCACAUGCUGCCUUAGAACUUCCAGAAUAUUUGGCAAUCAAUGAGAGAGAAGCUCGACUUUCUUUUAAGGUAGCCGAGGGCAAUUAUAUACUAGGACGAUAUCAGACAGCAGAGGAUAUAUAUCGACAGACACUUAAGGUUUACGAGAAGAUGCUUGGCAAAGAGCACCCGUUAACACUUGAUAGUAUGGAUAACCUUGGGGGUGUGCUUAGCAACCUAGGCAAAUAUAAAGAAUCAGAGGAGAUGCAUCGACAGACACUCGAGAUUCGCAAGAAAAUGCUUGGCAAAGAGCAUCCAUCUACUCUUAAUAGUAUGGGUAACCUUGGGGUUGUGCUUAGAAAACUAGGCAAAUAUAAAAAAUCAGAGGAGAUGCAUCGACAGACACUCGAGGUUCACAAGAAGGUG